AUGUGGAACGACGAGGAUAACAAUCCGUACGGCGCAUUCGACCACGAGGCCCAUCUUUCCGAAUCCCUUCACUCUGCAACUCUUUCCCCACAGCUCUACGAUCGCGAGAACACUCCUCCGUCUCCGUCCAGCCGCUCAUCUACUCAGGAUCCACCCCCCUUCCUGUCUCAACAGCAGGACCUUAGCGACGACGAUAACACCGGUGAAUAUGGAGCUCAGGAAACGAGCCAAGGAUACAUGCGUAAGAGUGUUUACGACAGCCGCAUUGAGCAGAUCCUCUACGAGAACCCGGAGAUGCCUAUCCUGAUCACCGAUGCCGGAAAGAACCAUGAAGGCGGUGGAAGCUAUAUUGUAUACACUAUACGCACUGGGGACCUGGAAGUCCGACGGCGCUACUCCGAGUUUGCGUCUCUGCGACAGACCCUUGUGAACCUCCAUCCCACCCUUAUCAUACCCCCCAUUCCGGAAAAGCAUACUAUGGCCGAUUAUGCCGCCAAACCGACCAAGGCCAAAGAAGAUACCGCGAUUAUCGAACUUCGGAAGCGCAUGCUGGCCGUCUUUCUGAACCGAUGUCGCCAAAUGAAGGAGGUCCGAGAGGAUGGCGUCUGGUGGAGAUUCCUCGACCCCAACGUCAGCUGGAGUGAAGUACUCCAUUCCCACCCUGCAUCCUCCGUCCCGAAGAACAAUCUCAAAGCGCCUCCCCUCGACCCUGCAAACCCAGCACCCGCCCAUGCGUGGCUUCCCGUACCUUCCACGUCCGCGAAACUCAAGGGUGCUGGAACAUCCCCAACGGAAGCGCCCGGUCCGGAUGUUUUAGGUCGUUUCCCUCCCGAGUCGCGUAAGCUCAGCGAACAAGAGCUGGACCCAUACUUCAUCAACUUCGAAGCCUCGACGCGAGAACUAGAGUUACUUCUUCAGGGAAACAUCGAAAAAGUGAACCGUCGGACCCUUGCGCACUUGUCGUCGCUGUCCGCAGAUCUGAUGGAGUUGGGAGCACGGUAUAAUGGUUUCUCAUUGUCCGAACAAUCGCCCACCGUGGCUGCUGCCAUUGAGCGGAUCGGUCAGGCAGCAGACACCUCGUAUAUCGAGACUGAGGAACUGUCCUCGGCAUUGGGAGCGAAUUUUGCUGAGCCAAUGAGAGAAAGCGCACAAUUCGCCAGCGUGGUCCGCAGCGUGCUUCGCUAUCGCGUGCUGAAGCGGGUACAAGAAGAGAUGACGCGUGAUGAGCUGGCGAAGAAAAAGGCGCUUCUGGAUUCUUUGGAGCGGAGUGAAUUGGAAGCCAAGCGCAUUGAGCAGUAUCUUAACCGCACCUCACCGCAGCCAACCGGGACGAAGCCUCAGCGCUCCUUAUCCGCCUCAUCGGGUACCAGCGCUCCAAGCGUUUCUGAAGGAGAUUCUCACCAGGGAGGUUCGGACGACGGAACCUCGAUCGGAUCGGACUUCCCCCCUACUCAUGGGGACUCGGCCGUGCCAACCUCUCCCACCUCACCUAGAAGGCCAGGACCAGGACCGUCAUCGCCUCCGGCGCACCGCAAAACCUCAAGCGGAACUUUCAUGAGCAACAAGAUCUUUGGACGCAUUAGUCAUGCCGUGCAUGGCUUUGUUGAUGUCGAUCCCGAAAGGACUCGACGUGACCAAAUUGGCAAGACCAAGGAAAGUUUGCUUCAGGUUGCGUAUGCACGCUGCCAUCUGGAUUGGGCGCGAAAGAACCUCGAAACGUGGACUGAAGCGAAGGAUGAAGUAGACAAGAUUGUGGUUCGGUAG